AUGGAGAAAACUGAUAUUUUUAAACCCAUUAUAACCACCUUGACCGAACCAAACUAUAAUCUCUGGGUCCAAGGAAUGAAGAGUUUUCUGAUCGGACGCAAGCUUUGGCGCAUAAUCACCGGAGAUGUCGUCAAGCCAACUCAAGACAAAGAUGAAUCUACUGCAAAAUUUGCGAACCGCCUUGAAGAUUGGGAUAGUAAAAAUCACCAGAUCAUCACGUGGCUGCGCAACACGUCUCUACCGUCUAUUCACAUUCAGUUUCAUAACUACGAUUCUGUAAAAGAAAUUUGGGAUUUCUUGAAAAAUCGCUAUCAAACCACUGACCUUGCACAUUAUUAUCAGUUAUGGACCACACUUCACAAUACCAAGCAAGAACCUGGUCAAUCAGUGAAUGAUUUUCUCGCUCAAGUCCAACCAAUUUGGCAUCAAAUAUCGCUUUCCAAAAUCAGUGAAGACCACCUUCAUCUCACUCAAGUCCUUAUGGCUCUUCGGCCCGAAUAUGAAGCCGUACGAGCCUCACUGCUGCAUCGAAAUCCGCUUCCAUCAUUGGACACUGCUAUUCAAGAAAUCAUUUUUUGA